GAAAAAGGGGCAUCAUAAGUUUGACUCUCUCCCCCGUUGAUUAAAAUAAAAAUUUUCCCCCAUUUUCUCUCUCUCUUUAUUUCUCUAUAUCUUCCCUGCCUUUCAUUAUCUUCUACCCCUCUCCUCACUCUUCCCAUCAACUUUCUUUUUCUCCUUCUCUCUGUUCUAUGGUGUUGUAAAAAUGGCUGUAGAGUUAAUGACCAGUGGUUAUAGAAGCGAUAAUUUUUCAUCAAAAAUGGAGGAAACCGCCGUUCAAGAAGCUGCCGCCGCCGGCCUUCAAAGCGUUGAGAAAUUAAUCCGAUUGCUAUCUCAAUCCCAUCAACAACAACAUCAACAAAAGUCGAAUUUUCAAGGUUCGUCUGUUUCUGCAGAUUAUCAAGCUGUAGCUGAUACUGCUGUAAACAAAUUCAAAAAGUUCAUUUCUUUACUCGACAAAAACAGAACUGGUCAUGCCAGAUUCCGUCGAGGACCAAUUACUUCUCCUCCACCACCAAAACCCCAGCAAAACAAGCUUCAAUCACAACAACCCAUUAAGAAUCAGAGCCCCCAAAUAGAAGAAAUCGAAAAGCCUACCAAAGUCUACUGUCCGACCCCAAUUCAAAGAUUGCCUCCGUUACCACAUAACCAUCUUCAAUUAGUGAAAAAUGGGUCGAAUGAGAGGAAAGAAGCAUCAACCACCAUCAAUUUUGCUUCUGCAUCGCCGGCGACUUCGUUCAUGUCAUCGUUAACAGGGGAAUCAGAGAGUUUGCAGCAGUCUUUAUCUUCUGGGUUUCAAAUAACAAAUCUUUCUCAGGUUUCAUCCGCCGGCCGGCCACCUCUUUCUACUUCUUCAUUCAAAAGAAAGUGUAGUUCCAUGGACGAUACUGCCCUCAAGUGCAACAGCGCCGGUGGGUCCUCCGGCCGUUGCCACUGUCCAAAGAAAAGGAAAUCAAGAGUGAAAAGAGAAGUUAGAGUCCCUGCUAUUAGCAUGAAAAUGGCUGAUAUUCCACCUGAUGAUUAUUCUUGGAGAAAAUAUGGUCAAAAACCCAUUAAGGGUUCUCCUCAUCCUAGGGGAUAUUACAAAUGUAGCAGUGUACGAGGAUGUCCAGCACGUAAACAUGUUGAAAGAGCAUUAGAUGAUCCAGCUAUGUUGAUUGUUACAUAUGAAGGAGAACACAAUCAUUCCCAUUCCAUUACAGAAACACCAGCAGCUCAUGUUCUUGAAUCUUCUUAAAUCUUAAUGAUAAUCAAAAUCCUCCUAUUGAUCUACUCAACGGCUCAGAUCUUCUUUAGAAACGUGAAAGAGUAAAUCAGCACUGUCGAUCUAAUGGUCAACGCCUAAAGAAAAAAAGAGGCAACAUUUGUUUAAUUUUUAUUCUCUCUAUGUAUUUGUCGUUGAAAAACUUUUGAUUAUGCGUGGAAAAAAUUGAAAGGAGAUAGAGAGCAAAUUGUGGAUUUGGUGGGAAUUGAAUCAUGCAACAUUUAGUGGGUACUUUUUUUUAAAUUAUUUUUUUCCUUUUUUUAAUACUAUACAUAUCUUGUUGGAA